AUGGCCCACGGAGGAGGCGUCAGCUCGCUGGCCGGGCUGGAGGAGAAGCCAGCGGCCUGUGUGGCCAGCAGCACGGCCUUGGCCAUUAGGAACUCGACCAUAAUCGCCCAUCGGCUGUCCAUUUACCUGCCCCAGCUGCUGCUGCCCUCUCGGGAUCCCCAGAAGCUCAUCACCGAAAUCAACUGCUACGUGGCCCAGUUUCGGGAGCUGCUCAUCUUCAUUGGCCAGGCCCGCGAUUCCCCCGAGCUGCGCGAGAAGAUCAGGAAGCUGAGGCGCAGCUGUGUGGAUGCCUGCAAGCACACCGCCCACCUAAUCACUCCCCAGCCGCGUCACUGCCUGGGCAGUCCCAGUGAGAGGAUGCACCUGACCCUGCUCUACCACCUCACGCUGCAGUUUCAGCACGAGUUGAUCAAGAGCCAUCGCCUGAUCCAGCUGGUGCCCCUGGACAUGACGGAGUACUAUGCUCCUUCCCGCACAGCUCCGUCCAAUCUGGGCAAUGUCAUCAGCCAAUUCCUGCUGUGCAAGCAAAUCAAUCCCGACUUCCAGCAGGAGGAGCUGUGCAGCAUUGUGAAGGACUCGCAGGAGCUCAGCGAGCUCUUGGAGGAGCUGCAGGCCCACAUGCCCUUGACGGAGGCAUCUCCGGAAUCCGACCUGGAUCCGGCACAGAAAUCUGAAAGUAGCCUGGUUUCUCUUGACACUCCGGACUGGUAUGCCCGGCAGCGCAGGCGGAGUUGCAAGAGCCGGAGCCGCAGUCUCUGUUGCUGCCUGUCCAAGAACCCAUCAAAAACCUUUUAGAAAGAGGUGUCUUUCAAAUUAAUUAGGAAAUAAUUAUCCCCUAGAAGCUAGAUAGUUAGUUUCCUUGGUGUUAAAUGCCAUGGAAAGGAAAUGAAAACCUGUCGCAGAGGAUUUUACACCC